CGCGCGCUUCACGCGUUGCUCAUCUCCUCCGUGGCGUCCCUGUUUACGCUCGAGCCCCGCAGCCCUCUAAUGUGUGAUUGUGACCGUCGGCAGCAGCAGCAGAAGAGGAGGAGGCUCUCCUCCUGUUAACGACACAACUCAACGCCAGCGCGAGGAGAUAAAACAAGGACCCGCUGAAGGUGAGUUAGAUGGAAGCGGAGUGACGAUGUUCGCUGUUGACUGAAGUCGCCUCCACCAAACACGAUGAAGGGGAGGCUGCUUCGGGGUUUCCUAUCGGAAGUUUCCAUCCGGCUGGCGCUGCUGCUCGUGUUCCUUGUGACGGAGCAGCUUUCUCCUUUCUACCGCGAGAUCCAGCCAGAGGAGAUGUGGCUGUACAAGUUCCACCGCGUGGAGCGAGACCACGUGCCCACCACUCUCAUGUUUAGUGUGGCGGUUUUCACGCCGCUGAUUGUGAUCCUGGUCUUCACCUUCCUGAAGACGGCGGAGCGAGGAGACGUCAAGGAGGCCUCGCUGGCUGUGACUUUGACGCUGGUGCUGAACGGAGUCUUCACCAACGUCAUCAAGCUGGUCGUCGGCAGGCCGCGGCCCGACUUCUUCUACCGCUGUUUCCCAGACGGUCAGAUGAACCUGGAGUUCCGCUGCAGCGGUGACCCAGAUGUGGUCAUGGAGGGCAGGAAGAGCUUUCCCAGCGGCCACUCGUCCUUUGCCUUUGCGGGUCUGGGUUUCACGGCGCUGUACGUCGGGGGAAAGCUGCGCUGCUUCAGCGCCGGGGGGCAAGGCCGGGCGUGGCGGCUGUGCGCCUUCCUCACGCCUCUGCUCGUGGCGUCCGUGAUCGCCCUCUCCAGGACCUGUGACUACAAACACCACUGGCAAGACGUGUUGGUGGGCUCUCUGCUGGGCCUGGCCUUGGCCUGGCUGUGCUACCGACAGCACUACCCUCCCCUCCAGGACGCCGACUGCCACAGACCUCUGCGUCGCAGGGAGACCGUCCCCGCCGCGCAGGAGCGCAAACUGGCCAACUGCAACUACAUCCUGCCCCGCCGGCCAGUUGGGGGAAAGUCCUCAGCGAUUGGACGUCAGUUCUUUGUCGUUCGUUCCAGACUUUUCGGGGAAGAGCGUCGGAGGUCAACCUGAGGAGAAAAUUAUUUUGUUGGGAUUAAUAGGCAGUGCUUUUUGAAAAUAGAUCAGUCUUGUUUAUUUAUCAACUAAUGACGUUACGUCUUCUGAAAUGUGUAAAUGUGCUGCUUUUUCAUUGUGAAUUUGAUGUUGUUUUUUUAAUCCUACUUCAUAAUUUUCUUCAGCGAAUAAUUGAAAUAUUAUCACACCAGCUGAUGUGACUGUAAAGGUGAGCUAUUGGCUCGCUGUGGGCUCUCAUAACUCCGCUGGGCUCCCAGGCCAACCCGCCUGCAGGGGGGAUCCUGUUGUCAGACUGGAACCCCACCAGGUGACGGAGCUCCCCAGUGCUCCGGCCCGGGUUUUCUAUCCUGUUACUAGUUGUACUGAAAGUUUUCUCCUGGUUUUCCUUGACUUUUUUUUCUGUUUUUUUUCUCACUUUUUUUUAUUUAUUUUUCUUAUUUAUUUUGGAGGGGGGGGUUCGGGCUGGCUCCAGGGGGCUGUGAGUCGGACUGGAAGCAGCCGAAGGACUCUGUGCCUUUUGUGUACUACUCUGUUGGGUUUACGGAAUGAUUAUGUGCUGCAUGUUACGGUGUAUGCAAACUUUUCUUGAAAUUUUACAUCUUUUUUUUACAUCAUGUUUAAAUUAUGCAUGCUGCCUUUCUUUGCCUCAGAAAGAAACAGUACCAUUGAUUUGGUUGCCGAUGGAGUCAAAUGUGAAGGUUUCUGGUUGGAAAAUAAAAAGUCACAUCAAAGGGAGUAAAAUAAAUAUCUAGAUUUUUCUUUUCUUUUUUAGCACAAUUAGAGACCAAUAAUAUCUUAAUUUACUUGGUCUCAUUGGUAUUCCUGAGCUGAUGUACAGGUGUAUGUGUAUUCAGUCUUGGGGCAUGUAGCAGUUUACUUGAAUUUUGACUUUCUUUGUCUAUGUUAAAUGUGAUAUUAUUUAAUGCAAAUAGGAAUCAUGUUCAUUGGCACUUGGUUUUAUAGAGGGCUCUUUCAAACAACAAUAUCAAUAAAUGUCCUUUAGAAAAUCCUGCAUGUUUUGCAGCAAUAUAGCAACAUCUCUUCCUCAUUAUUCUCUUCCAAAUCCCAACACAUCCAUCUGUUCCUAUUGAUUUAAUGUGAUUUUCAGUCCUUGAAUACUGCAUCAAGUUGUUAAUUAUGUCUGGACUGCUUGAGGGAUGCUGAUAAAACUUAAUUUACAUCCA